GUUAUGUUGUUAUGUACCGUGUUAUUAUUUACAAGUCAAAAGUUUUUACUGUUAUUAUCAUAAAUGAUUUUUUAAAAAACGGAAAAUUCAAUAAUUAUAAAAAAAAUGGCCUCAGCAAUUUCAUCAGCUGUUGAUAGUUUACAUUCAGCAAUACAAUCAAAUAUUAUUCCUAAUCAAGAAUAUUUAUUACAAGGAUCUGUACUAGACACUGCAGUUGAGGUUCUACUCCAUCGUCUCCGAGGGUUGUGCGACAACGUUGACAGCGGAACAGAAUCUUUUCACGACCAUGAGGCAUGCUUUAGCAUAAGAAGCGGACCAACAGAUCCUCCUGUGUCACUAAGAGUCAGGCGAGCAAUUGACUACCCAGACAUGCCGUUCCAGCUGAGAUACAUCGGACAACCUGAGCUGGGAGACAAAUCGAGGGCCGCAGUUGUUCGCAGCAGCAUUGACGUCGGUACGAGCAAUACUGUGAUCGAGUUUCUCACUGAAAUGGGCUGCAGACUCGACUUCGAGUACAUCAUAAGAGGAUACAUGUUCAGGAAAGGAAGAAUGAAGAUCACCGUGUCAAAAAUUUUUAAAAUGCCUCAAGGAAAAGUCAUGGACUCGAUGGAGGCUAUCUCUUCGAGUUACUUAGUUGAGUUGAGUGUUCUGGCGCCUCGUGGUCAGGAUGCUAUUGCUGAAGACAUGCGGGUUUUUGCUGAACAACUGAAACCUCUGGUGCAGUUGGAAAAAAUUGACUACAAUAGGCUGUAAUUUUUUUUUUGACAAAUUUUCUUUGUUAACAAACGUAAUAAUUAAGUUCUAACCUGCCAACAACUUUUUUUUAUAAGAUUAUUUUUUAUAAUAAUUAUAAGUUAAUCUGGCUAAUUUUUUAAAAUUAUUUUUGG